AUGUCUAAGCCUGUCUUCACCCUCGCGGAGGGCCAGCCCAUCCCGGACCCUUCGGUCAGCAUCACCCUGCCCACCUUCGGCGGCGGUAACUUGACCACCCUGGGUGACACCCUGCUGAUCGAGACCCUGACGCAUUUCAAUCGGGAGAGAAUUCCGGAGAGAGUCGUCCACGCCAAGGGCUCCGGCGCCUGGGGUGAAUUCCGCGUCACCAACGACAUCUCCCACCUCACCAAGGCCAAGUUCAUGAAUGGCGUCGGCAAGAAGACCAAGGUGCUGUUCCGCGCCAGCACCACGGGUGGUGCGACCGGCAGUGCCGACACCGCGCGCGAUAUCCACGGCUUCUCCGUCAAGUUCUUCACCGAGGAGGGUAACCACGAUAUUGUUGGAAACCACGCUCCCGUCUUCUGGGUGCGCGACCCUCUCCGCUUCCCCUCCGUCAACCGCAGUCACAAGAAGCACCCCGCCACCAACCGUCCCGACGGUAACAUGUUCUGGGACUUCCACGUCAACCAGCCCGAGAGUGUGCACGCCCUGAUGCACCUGUUCGGCUCGCGCGGUCUCCCCGAGUCGGUCCAGAAGAUGACCGGUUUCGGUAUCCACACCUUCAAGCUGGUGAGCGAGGACGGCAGCUUCCGGUACUGCAAGUUCCACUUCCGCCCCGUACAGGGCGUCAGCAACAUCAGCGGCGAUAUGGCCACGCGGUUGGCCGGUACCAACCCCGACUUCCACAACCAGGAACUCUGGGAGGCGAUCUCGCGCGGCGAAUACCCCGUGUGGAAGCUGUACAUCCAGGUGAUGGAGCCUGAGCGCGCUGAGACGUACGGCCGGGCGGUGUUCGAUAUCACCAAGGUGUGGUCGCACAAGGACUUCCCCUUGAUCGAGGUCGGAGAGAUGACUCUCAACCGCAACCCCGAGAACUUCUUCGCCGAGAUCGAACAGGCGGCUUUCUCUCCCUCCAACAUGGUCCCCGGUGUGGCCGCGUCUCCCGACCCGAUGCUCCAAGCCCGCGUGUUCGCCUACCCCGACGCGCAGCGCUACCGCCUGGGCGUCAACUACCCGCAGCUGCCGCCCAACAAGCCGGUGUGCCCGGUGUACGCCCCCUACCUGCGCGACGGCGCGCACACGACGACGCACAACUACGGCGGCGAGCCCAACUACGUGCGCAGCACGCUGACGCCGGGCGUGCGCAGCCAGUCGGUGCAGGAGGUGCGACACAACGAGUGGCUGCGGAUGGGCGGCGUGCUGGGACUGAACGAGAUCCCCGUGGACGACGAGGACUUUGUGCAGCCGCGCGCGCUGUGGCACAAGGUAUUCGACGAGAACGAGCGCCGGCUGAUGGUGGCCAACCUCUGCGGUUCGUUGGAGGGGGUGGUGCCCGAGUUGCAGAAGGCGACGAUCGCCAUGUUCAGCCGGGUGGAUCCCCGCAUCGGCCAGAUGAUGGAGGCCAACCUCAAGGGUGGUGCGCGGUUGUAA